CCCCUGCAGUUGGUCCCCAUAUUGGUCGUUAUUGUGGCCCGACGUCCCCGGGCCGUGUGAUCUCGUACACCGGCAUCCUGUCCAUGACCAUCACCACGGACAACGCCAUCGCCAGAGAGGGGUUCUCCGCCAACUACACCAUCCGAGAGAGGAUCCUCCCCCCGGGACACGAAGAUGAGGACUUCGCCUGCAUGGAGCCGCUGGGCAUGGAGUCGGGGGAGAUCACCUCGGAGCAGAUCAGCGCCUCGUCGCAGUAUAACUCCAACUGGUCCCCCGAACGCUCGCGGCUGAACUACGAGGAGAACGGCUGGACGCCCUCUGAUGACACCGUCAGGGAGUGGGUGCAGGUCAGUGACAUUCGGCUCUUUUAG